AUGUAUUUAUUUUAUAUUAAUCUUUUUAUAUAUACUUUAUUCCUUUCGAUUUUACAAUUAUUGAAUAAUAGGAAAUUAUAUUUAAAAAAUAAUAGAUCUUUAUCAGAACGUGAUUACAAUAUUAAUAAAGAUAAGCAGGUAAAAGAAAGACCACCUUAUAGUGAUAGUGAUGUAUUAGAAUCAGAUGGUGAAUUAGAACAAAAUAUAAAAACAUAUUUACAUAGUGAAGAUGAAGGACAUUUAACAAACGUUAAUACUAACUUUAAUGGAACUAAAAAUUCAAUAAGAGGAGUUAAUACUGCUAAUGAUAAAAAUAAAGUAUUAAGUAAAGUUUUAUCAGACAUUAAGAAUUGCGAUGAUUGUAAUUAUGAGGAAAUAAAAAAAUAUAUAAAAGAAAAUGUUGAUGAAAAGCAUGUUGAAAAAUUAACUUCGUUAGUAGAUGAACUGCAAAAUUCUAAGAAAGAACAAAAAAAUGUGAAGAUUAUAUUGGCAAGCCAAAUGAAUAAUAUUAGGAAAAAAAUGCGGAAGAAUAUCGUGCUUUUUCUUAUAUUAACCCCAGUCAUAGCACUUCUAUCUUCUGUACAUUUGUUUACAGUAACGGUACCAGAAAUUAUAAAAGCUUAUACUUCGACUGUACUUGCACGUAUCUACGUAAUAUUUGAUCCUUGUCAAAGAACAUAUGUUGUAUCUGUUUUAUAA